UUUAAAUGAAGAAAUGAAGGUAGAUAAAGAAAAAUUAAGAGAAAAUAAAGACGAAUUCAUAAUAUCAGAUAAGAUACAUUUAUUAUUGAAACGAACACAAGAACUUUUUUCUUCAGAAUAUUAUUUUUGUUCAAAUAUAGAUGAUGAAUCAAGUAAAAAAGUCAAAAUUAAUUAUAAAAUAAAAACAGAAUAUGAAAAUGUAAAAGAAUUGCCACAGAGCAUUUUUAGUAGACAUAAGGAAGAUUUAUCUGAAAAAGAUAAAGAAAAAAAGGUAGAAAAUGGAGAUGAAGAUGAAAUUGGUUCAAAUAAAUUACUUGAAAAAAUUCUCUCAGAGAAUCAUAAAAAUGAUGAUAAAAAUUUAAUGGCAUUAACACUUCCACUUAAAAUGGACUCAUCUAAAUCAUUAAGUCAUAUGCAAAAAAAUACACAAAAUAAACAAUCUUCAGGGCUUAUAUGGCGAGAAAAUGUUAAACCUAUUAAACCAGAAUGGCAUGCUCCAUGGAAAUUAAUGAGGGUAAUUAGUGGACAUUUUGGCUGGGUGAGAGCGAUAGCAGUAGAACCCGGGAAUAAGUGGUUUGUUACAGGUUCUGGUGAUCGUGUUAUAAAAAUUUGGGAUCUUGCAUCUGGUACUCUUAAAUUGUCAUUAACAGGCCAUAUUUCGACUAUUAGGGGUCUUGCGGUAUCGUCUAGACAUCCUUAUCUUUUUUCAUGUUCUGAAGAUAAAAUGAUUAAAUGUUGGGAUUUAGAAACAAACAAAGUAAUUAGACAUUAUCAUGGAUCUCUUAGCGGUGUUUAUUGUUUAUCUUUACAUCCUACAUUGGAUGUUCUUUGUACAGGAGGGAGAGAUUCUGUUGUAAGGGUUUGGGAUAUGCGUACUAGAAACAAUGUUCACGUGCUUUCUGGACAUAAUCAGACAAUUGCAGAUGUAAAAUGCCAAGAUGUAGAUCCACAAGUUAUUUCUGGUUCUAUGGAUUCGACAAUUCGUUUAUGGGAUUUAGCUGCUGGUAAAACCAUGACUGUAUUGACGAACCAUAAAAAAGGUGUCAGAGCUCUUGUUCUUCACCAAAAAGAAUUUAGUUUUGCAAGUGGAAGUGCAGACAAUAUUAAACAAUGGAAAUUUCCUGAAGGAUUAUUUAUGCAAAAUUUUGAACAACACAAUGCUAUUAUAAAUACAUUAUCAUUAAACAUUGAUGAUAUUAUGUUCGCUGGUGCAGAUAAUGGAUCUAUGUCGUUUUAUGAUUGGAAAUCAGGAUAUAAAUAUCAAACAUUAAAUACAAUUGUUCAGCCAGGAUCAUUAGAAAGUGAAGCAGGGAUUUUUGCAAGUACAUUUGACAGGACAGGUCUUCGUUUAAUUACAUGUGAAGCGGACAAAACGAUUAAGGUUUAUAAACAAGAUGAAAAUGCUACAGAAGCAACCCAUCCACUUGAUUGGAAACCAACACUUACGAGAAAAAGAUAUUAAUUUUUUAAUAUAUUUUGUCAUAUAUGGUUUUUAUAUAGAAUGCAUAUAAUUUUUAA